CAAACACCGCGCAGUGAGAGGAGGCUUCAGAAAAACGUCACGAGAUUUCCCGGAACUCCUAACUUUUCACUUUCCUACUGAUUGUUUGUAAAGUGCACCGACGACGAGCUGCACUGAAGACGCUUCACACUUAAUGUCGAAGCAGAGUUGGUGCUCAGUGUCAUUAUGAGAUGUUGUCUCCAAGCGCCUCCUUUGUGCAAAUCAAGUUCGAUGACAUCCUCUUCUACGAGAACUGUGGCGGCGGCAGCUUCGGGAGUGUGUACCGAUCCAGGUGGAUCUCCCAGGACAAAGAGGUGGCGGUGAAGAAACUGCUCAAGAUUGAAAACGAGGCGGAAAUCCUCAGUGUGCUCAGCCACCGUAACAUCAUCCAGUUUUAUGGUGCAAUUGUUGAGGCUCCAAACUAUGGAAUCGUCACUGAGUAUGCGAGUGGUGGGUCGCUGUACGAUUACCUGUCCAGCGCUGAGAGUGAGCACAUGGACAUGGGGCAGAUCAUGACAUGGGCUGCAGAGAUUGCCAGAGGAAUACACUAUUUACAUUCAGAGGCCCCCGUAAAGGUGAUCCACAGAGACCUGAAGUCCAGGAAUGUGGUUGUGGCAGGAGACAUGGUUCUAAAAAUCUGUGAUUUCGGGGCAUCCAAGUUCCUGACCCACACAACACACAUGUCCUUAGUGGGCACGUUCCCCUGGAUGGCUCCGGAGGUGAUCCAGAGUCUGCCUGUGUCCGAGACCUGUGACACCUUCUCUUACGGUGUGGUGCUUUGGGAAAUGCUCACCCGUGAAAUACCUUUCAAAGGCCUGGAAGGAUUACAAGUGGCCUGGCUCGUUGUGGAGAAGCAUGAGAGGCUAACCAUCCCCAGUGGCUGUCCUUCCUGCUUUGCAGAGCUCAUGAAGGACUGCUGGGCAACAGAGCCAAAAGAAAGGCCAAUGUUCAAGCAGAUCCUCUCUACUUUGGAGUCCAUGUCUAAUGACAGCCAACUUCCUCAACAGUGCAACUCUUUCCUUCACAACAAGGCUGAAUGGAGGUUUGAGAUUGAAGCUACACUUGAGAGACUGAAGAAGCUGGAGAGAGACCUGAGCACCAAAGAGCAGGAGCUGAAGGAGCGGGAGCGCCAUCUGAAGAUGUGGGAGCGCAAACUCAUCGAACAGUCCAACAGCCCGCUGCUGCCCACCCUUGACAUAUACACAUGGACAGAGGAGCAUGUGUAUUUCUGGAUGCAGCAAAUAUUUGGCGCAGGGGAGGAUCCAUGUGGCAUGCAGCUGUAUGCCGACCUGUUUAAAGAAAAUCACAUCACUGGAAAGAUGCUGCUGUUGCUCACAGAAAACGACGUGCGGGACAUGGGGGUCAAGUCCAAAGGUCAUGUCAUGCACCUUAAGGGAGAAAUUGAAAAGCUAACAAAUGAUUACAUGGGGUUGGUCCACUUCCCACCUCUUUUCAAGGAUGCACUGGAAAAGGAAGUGGAGAAGAGUAAAGCUGUAAAUCUGGAGCUGGUGUUUGGAUACCACUGGAAACCAGGAACAGGGAAUUCUGAUUGCAAAUGGAAAAUGUACAUGGAGCUUGAUGGAGAUGACGUUGCAGUGACCUACAUCAAAGAUGUCAUCUUUAAUGCCAACCGGAAGGAUGUGGAAACCCUUCGGAUGACUAAGCCACCUUUUGUGAUGGACAAAUGGAUCAUUGGAAUACAGCAGAACCAGAAAGUGGAUUACACAGUUAAUUAUGAGAAUGAUGUCAUGUCACCAAAGUCGACCAGACACAGCUGUCCAGUGGUGUGGAGUCCCAGUGGUGGACAAGACGAGAUCAAGACUGUGGAGCUGGUCAUACAAACAACAUCAGCUAACAUCGACUUGACCCCUACGGAUAAGUCUAACCCUGAUAUCGAUCCCAGGUGGAUGUAUAAUGUAAGGCAGAGGCAGUUGAUGACAGAGAAAAACCUGAAAAAGACUUCUGGUCUGAAUGUCUUCACUGGCUCUGAAGCCCGCACUCUGCCUCAGUUCCUGUCUGCACAUGAAAGCCAGGGGUUUUCUUAUGCUGCAGCUGUGCGACGCUCUCCAAACCGGGCCCGUGGAUCUGCUUGGAUUGACUCACGCAGCUCUUCGCCAACCACCAGCCUGUCAGCCAAACUCUCCUCGCUCCAUCUGGGGUCAAAGGGCAGCAGCCCGUCCAGCACUACGUCAGAGAGCGCCUCAGAGAGGGACCGAGAGCGGCCGCACAGCGCUGGAGUGCUGCACGACUACAGCAGAAACCGCUAUUUUGGCAACACAUUAACUGUGGGAGGGGGGCAGGGUAGGGGCCAUGCAUGGACCAAUACAAGAGAUAACUAUAUUCAUAAUAAAACCAGCAAAACCUCACGACAACCAGGGAGGCCACGGUCCAACAGUUACAGCUUCACACCACAGAACCGCCCCUCCAUGAUACCAGGUAUAUCGUCUGUGACAGGAAACCCCAGUGAGGAGAAAGAGGGGGCCAAAGCCAGCGAUGGAGGGUGGAUCAAAGUGGAGCGACAGAAAAGAUUACCACGUCAGGAGAAUAAACAAGUCAGAGGUCGACAGAGAAGGGGGGGCAGGGGAGGGGGUGGUGCUGGAGGGAGAACCUAAUGUGUGGCACACAUGAACUGACACCUUCUUAACAUAAAAAGGUUUUACAUAUAAAUGAUGUCUGCUUAUAUACUCACAAAUGAACUGCUUGUUAUAAGAGAAUCCCACUGAUGCCUAUGAUGUAAUAUAUGUAUAAACAUACGGUUUUGUUUUUUAAAAACUGGCAGGUUGAUUUUAAUGAUUAAUGAUUUGUUUUAAAUCGACAAUUCACUUCACUUCCCACCUUUUAAUAUAUAGCAGAUGGCUUCCAGUGUGGUGGAUGCAUAUUUUCAAUUUUUUAUUUAACAGCCCAGUUUAUCUGAUGUAAUUGAAUUAAAUGUUUUGACACCCUUACCCAUGAUAAAUGUUAAUUUCUUCAAAUCCAUAACCUC